ACGCACACAUUUACUUAUAAUAUAACACUGAGGCGAAAUAACCUUAGUCGCCCACAAAGCAGAGAGCGCGGCCACCAAGUCGACCCCACAGCCUGCAUCUCGACCCAAGCUGGAUGUUCUCGCCCGGUGGAUGCAGCGCCAGGCCGAGCUGUCGUCCCAGGCACACGUGUGGCGCGUGCCAGAGUUCGCCGCUCGGCGACUGCUGCGUGGAGGAUAAACGUCGGGCCGGUCAGACGACAAAACGCCACAGCGACAGCCCCACUUGGUGUGAGAAGCUGCUUCCCAUGUGGCUGCCUUGAGUGCUCGUGCUUCAUGAGAUGCCCGUUCCUCCACCUCCUUCCACUCGGUGACUUUGCUCUCUCUCUCUCUACUUCACGUGACUGCAUGUAGACGGACCCUUGUGGGCAUUGAACUCAGGCCCGGCGUGUUUCACGGUCAGGAGAAAUCUGAAAAAACAUUUCUUUUUGUUUGGUUAAUCUCCUGUGCUCAUAAACUAUUUAGAGCGGAUGAAAACUGCCUGAAGACUGGAAGACUUCAGAAGGUGCCCAGCCAGCUCUCUUCUCUUUGAGACUCCCGUGACAGAACCAAAAGAAAUAAAAUGCGGACGUGGGUAUUGACCCUCCAAACAUAGAAGGGGCCGCGUUGAUAGGACUGCUGAAUCCUACAUCCCAGACUGACCAAAGAAGACCUUGGCAAAGAAGAGACAAUUACUUAAAACUCACCUGUUUCUGCCAAAGACCAAAGGCAAUGGAGGAAGAAGGUCUGGAAGCUCGGUCAUCGAUUGCCUCGAGUUACAUCGCCUCUUGUCGGAAAUUUGUUAUCGCAGAACGAUCUGGCACCGACCUCCUCUCCACGUAGAGCAAGUGGAAUACUGUGCUCCCCUGUCUUUACACCUACACUUGCAUGUCUGAAGGCUGAAGUGGCCUCAGACAGUGUGAUCUGUCCCUAACUACUACCUUCUGCAUUCUGGCACAAGGACAUUGGGAGUGGUCCAACCUGUAAAGCGAGGACCAAGAGUGGCUUGCCCUCUAGCAAUUAUUGUUCUCGAGAGCCAGGAUGGUGAUAAUGCAUACAGGACAUUUGCUCUAACACCAAUUUAGUAGUCUUUCAUACCUCCAGUCUACUUUUAUCCCCCAUUUUUGGACCUUUUUAGCUUUCGUUCUGCAAAUAGUUAUCUCUCGCAGACCUAAGUGCUUCUAAAUGAAAGUGAAGCGCGUUGCAAUUAAUAGCAACAGCCGGCGAGGACCAUUUUCUGCAACAGGAUGUUUGUGACUUCAGUGAACAUGUGUGCCUACCCCUAAUUCUUCCCUUAUGAUGUGUGCCUCGUUUCUGAUUAAGCUGCUUCUCCUUCAGAAGAAACGAAAACACUGUCGUGAGUCGUGUCAUCUUAGAUAAAUAUUUUUUAGUUAAUUUCCGAGACCACAAAGUAGGACCAAUUUUUUUUUUUUUUAUUUUUUUUUUUUUAAGUCCUGGAUGAAUUUAUCAACAUACUGUUCCUUCACAAAAGUGGGGAUUCAAAUUUAAAAGAGGAGAAAUUGGUCGAGAUUGAUCUUUUCUUUUCCUCGUGAACUGCCUUUGAUCGCGCGGAGUUCAGUGUGAUUCUCUCUGUUGCACUUUUUAAGCCGACAGUUUUGGUUGAACAUAGUUUCGCUUUUCAAAGGAAAUGCAGCAAAAUACAACUACACCUGGUGACUGCUUCCGCUGAAAGCCACUUCAAUCGCUCGAAGCCGUUGAGAGGUAUUGAUUCCUAAGCGCUGGUUUUAAUGAAACAAAUGUUACUGAUAUUAAAACCAGGGUUAGAGGGUUUUUUUUUAAUUCUUAGCUAGAAAAGUUAAUCUGGUGAAAAGGUAUGAAUAACACUUGCAACUUGCAAAAACACGUUUAGAAAAACGAGAGCGUCUGAUACGAACCAGUGCGUUUGGAUUUUUUUUUUUUUUUUUUUUUUUUUAUUUUAAGAAAAAGCAAAAGUCUGUGAUUGGCUGUCGUUUUGAAUCCCCGAGUAGUGUGAUCCGUUACUUUGUCUUUUCAUCUGCAAAGAGCACUGCACCCACUGCUAAGAUGGAGGCGCUGGAUCCAGCUGUUCGGGCAAUGUCUUACAACUGGACGAUCAUCCUGGACAGCAACAACAUGACCGGCGUACCUGCUGACAGUAGUCCCGAGAUGGAGGACAGCCUCAGGUGCAACACCAACGACACAGAUGGCUACAAACAGUUUUAUGAGACGGCUCAGAUGGUCACCGGCCUCAUCAUCUACCCCAUACUCUGCAUCUCAGGCAUCACAGGCAACACGCUGUCCUUGAUCGUGCUCAGCCACCGGGACAUGGCCACCUCCACCAACGUUUACCUGUUCGCGCUGGGCGUGUCGGACACCCUGAAGCUGCUCAACGACUUGCUGUACUUCAUCAUGCUGGUCAUCUCGCUGAACGACCCUCCGGCCGCCGAGACGAUGAUGGUCAACGUGUAUCCCUACGCGCACUACUUCUUCACUGUGGCCGUGUGCGUGACGGCCUGGCUGACCGUGGCCGUGGCGAUGGACCGCUUCGUGGCCGUGUGCCACCCGUCACGCUCCAAGGCGCUGUGCACCAUCGCCAGGGCUCGGUCAGUGUCCGUCACCAUCUUCGUCGGCAUGCUGCUGCUGUCCGUGCCGUCGGCUUUCCGCUACCGCAUGCAGGCGGUGCACGACCGCCAGCAAAACGUCACGUGCAUGGAGAUCGUCACCACAGAACUGGGCAGGAACAAACAGAUUAUGGUUCCCUACACCUGGGCCCAGAACCUGAUGCGCGGUAUCAUCCCGGUCUUCAUCCUCAUCUACCUCAACGCUCGCAUCAUCAACGUGCUGCGCAAGGAGCGGGUCAAGGGCAAGAAACUCUCCUCGCGCAACCGCAUCACCCUCAUGCUGAUCGCCGUCAUCGUCGCCUUCAUCGUCUGCAUCACGCCGGACGCCAUCAUGUCCACCUUCUUCGGCAAGGGCUACGUGGAGGAGGACAACAAGGUGAAAGGCGUCCGCGAGAUCACCGACUCGCUGCUGGCCCUCAACUCCGCCAUCAACUUUGUUCUGUACUGCACGCUCAGCUUGGUGUUCAGGAACACCUUCUGCAAAGUGUUCUGUGCCGAACGCUUCGCACUCAUGCAACACAGAAGUAGUAAGUGCAUUCGCAACGGAGAAGAGACUCACCUGCAGGUCAGUGUAUACGACCGCGACACGACAGGCGAGCGAUGCGUGUGAUGGCGGAGCUGGGUGGACACGAUGAGCCCCUCACUCCCAUUUCACACACAUACACACUACGAAUACCACCACCACUGCAGCCACAACCCCACCACCACCACCACCACCAACUUCAAGUUAAUUCUUCAGGUCAGUCAUUGGAGUGAGACAUUUCAUUGGACAUUCUGAGCUCCUUGUGUCGGAAACAAUGAUGAAAUGACAACUCCAUUUGCAAACUAAUGGCUCCAUCUGUAGCAUGCUAGUGAUGAGUGCGUACAGCUGCCAUCUUUGUCACGUGGGAAAGUACGUAAAAUGGAAAAGAUUUUCCUCUGAAAGCUCUGCUUGAGAGCUUUCCACACUGGGCUGCAAAUAGCACUGUAAUCCCGUUGGCCCUGAAACCUGUUGUUUUUCGAGAUUGUUUGUUUCUUCCAUGAAAUAAUUGUAUAUGUUUGUGAAUAUAUAUAUAUAUCAAUCAGAAGUAAAAAGAAGGAAAGUACACGAGAUUUCAAACACGCAGGAAACGUUACAAAACACGAGUUUCCUGAUCACAAAAGCAUUAUAAACGACCUGAUGACAUUUUUUCACAGAUUAUUGAAAUCUUGUUUUGCUAGAUAUUCUCUUCUGUCACACUGUUUCUGACAGUGUUUUUCUGUAGCUUCAAAAUGGCCCCCAUUCCGCCUCAAGCUUCCAUUCUGUGUGGACAGAAUCUCUGGCAUUUUCAAGACAACUUUUUACUGGAUUCUGACAUUUUGUGAAAGCGGAAGUGCUGAUCACUGGCCUUACUACUUUCAGUGCAGUGUUCAUGGCGAUAGAUCAUCCUCGCGCCCUGCCUUUUCGGUUCGUUUGCACCACGGAGUGCUGGAAGUUUUGCGAGUAAGAUGAUUAGCGGCAGUAAAAGAUUCGGGAAGCUCACCAGCAUUCUAAAAACCGACCUCAAGCACGAAAGCGCGGAAGCUUGCCCCAUUCUUGUUGAAAUCUUCGCAGAGGAGGUGGAGUACAGUCCAGUCAACUGUUGACAGUGAACACACAUUGUCCAGCUGUGCUUCCAGGAUGUUUGCUCACAUGGGUUUUCGUGAUGACCACUUUGAAGGGUUGCUUGGAAAGGAUGGGAUCAACAGCAGCAAGCACCUGAGGCCCUCAUGCCUUCCUCAGACUUUACUACUUUGAACUGGGCCAACUGGCUGGCCAAGACUGCUGCAGGUGUGGCUGGCCAAGACUGCUGCAAGAGUUGUUGGCCAAGACUGCUGCAAGAGUGGCUGGCCAAGACUGCUGCAAGAGUAACUGGCCAAGACUGCUGCAGGUGUGGCUGGCCAAGACUGCUGCAAGUGUGGGUGCCCGAGACUGCUGAAACCAUUGCACAAAUAUUGAAGACAAAAAAAGUUGUUUUCGACCAACUCAAAGUGUUUUGCCAGAAAUAUUGUUAAACAUGGCAAAAUAAUUGCCAGUUUUCUCUCUAUUUCAAUGGUUACUUUACUGUUUGUCACACUAUUUUAAUGUAAAUAUUGUUGCUUACUUCAAACACGAACGUUAAAUCUUACAGUGUGAAUGUUACUUCAAGAUGUUUACCUAAAUGCAGAUAUCCUCGCUGGAACACUCAGAAAAGUUUGGGAGUUGCAAUAGAUUUGUUGGUAUUAUCUGUCUUUCUCAAGAAACAUACAUUACUGAGGUCCUUCUACUACUGUUAUGAUCUUCAUUAAACAACAGUAUUAAUUUGUGAAAUGAGCAUUUUAUUUAAAUUCUUCUUUUCUGCCAUGAAUCUGUGUCUGAUUUCUUUGUUCUAUGUAUAUAAAUUCUUGAGUGUUGAGGACUUUGUCCACAAUUUUUUAAACUGUUUAAUAAGAUUUGAACAUUGGGUUCUUCUUUGUGUUAACGCUUUUGAAAUUCUGUUAAGUUUCUUUUUUAAUUCAAGAUAUGAUGUAGUAAACUUAUUUUUAAAAUUCCUAGCUUUUGUAUUUGAAACUCCAACGGAACUCUGAUAAAAGUUCUUCUGUACUUGGGCUGGUAUCAGUUUACUAAUAACACCUGUUGUCCUAAAACACAUUUACGCAAAGAGUAAACAUACUUGAUGUGUGUAAGUGUCGAGUUUAGUGUGGUUUUUCUUACAGUAAAUGUUAAAUUUAACCUCUUCUAUGUAAAUGCCGAGGUCAACGUUUUGUUCCUUCAAGAGAACACGCACAUCCAUGGCAAUGACAGACGUUUAACUUUUUUUUUUUUCAAAAAACACAUUUGAAACAAUUAUUUUGGCAAUUUCCCGUAAUAAAAUGCAAUGAAAGUAAUCCGAUGUUCAGCCUGUUCUACCUGUCGACAGGUAAUGUGGUAAUAGAUUCGUUUUUAAUGAUUCAGCAGCAACAAAGACAGAUGUCCCUGCUUUUAUCCUUCCUUUACUUGAUGUAGGGAACUGUAACCACACUGGGGAGAACAAACCGCACGAGUGAACUGGUUAUCAUCAAAAUCACGACAAUACGAAUGUGUAGACACAAGUUAUUGAGAUAUAAUUAACUGAUCUCAGAUAAGCCUAUGACAGAAUUUUAUAUACAUAUAUAACUCGGAAAAUCCCAAGAAACCCUGCUGGCUAUCUUAUUGUCAAAAUUCUCGAUAUCCUAGUCUGUCACAUGUGGUUAAAAAGUUUAUCUGUGUGCACGUUGCUGCCUAUUCUCCAGGAUGAGUUGUCGGGGCCUGAGAUGCGAACAUGAAUGCGUGAAACUGUGUGGACGUAUGUCAGUGUGUAUUCGAUUUUUGUUUGUGUGCUCUUGUGCGUAAGUAUCCGCGCUUGUAUGCUUCUUAACUUGCUGAUACUUGUAUUUCGUAGGAUGCCCAUCUGUUUGUCCCUAUUUUAGCAAUGGAUUUUCUGUGUAGCUUAUCGUACAUGACACUGAUUUAGAGCCAGUGAACAGUGAACAAUGCGUCACAGACACGUCUUCUUUUUUUUUCUUCUUCUUUGUUCGAGAUUUCGUUAACAUUGUCAUUAAUAUCAUCCAUCGUCAUUGACAUUUAGAAGGAUAUACAUAAAAAAAAUAUUACACCAGACAUUAGCGUCACCAAGAAAACACAUUCAAACGUGUAUUAGAAAAAACUGCUGCAAUCUUCUAUGGAAAAAAACAUACGAGAAUAAAUAAAUAAAAAACAGUUCCCGUAAAACUCUUUCGACUUUCACACCAUUACUGAGAAGGAUUUUUACUUUGGUGUUUAAAGCAUGUUAAUAUGAACAUAGGUAAUAAGACACGCACAGGGACAGAAGAGUGUAGAUCACGUGACACGUUCAGCUAUGCCAGACCCCUGUUCAUACCUGUGAACACAACCUGUAUACCUCACUUAUACUCACUUUCAUUGGAGUCAUCUCCUCUACAGUCCCACCAUUGCCACAGCUCUGUAUCUCAUGUCCACCUUCCUACCCCAUAAUACAACCAUCACAUGGUAGCCAUACAUUUGUGUUACGAAAGAUGUAAUCAGGUGAAAGCUAGCAUCCACAACUGCAGGUGAAGUUUUCGUCGGAGACCUUUCUAACCUUCUCAUAUGACUGUGCUAUCCUUCAACCUAGCGACAUCUCUGUACACAUCCCUUGGCCAAACUGUCCUUUUGUUCUUCUGCUUGCCACUAAGGACAGGGGGCGCUGCUUUCUUCUUUAAACCUUGUCUUCGUCGUCUUCGUUGCUGCUAGCAUCAUUACCAUGGAAUGUUCCAUCAUCUCCUCUAAAACAAAGUACGAAAGUAUCGACUGGAUUGAAUUGUGUUCUUGUGGUUAGAUGCAAUGCAACCAUUAAAAAUAGAAUGCAUGAAGGGUCUCGUGGAAGAGCAGACAAUCAUACAGGCACCAAAAACUACAAAGUCGUUUAACUUUCAAAUCGGAAUUUUUUUUAGAACAUUGGAACAUUUUUAUGCUGUAGUUUCGUUCGAUGAAAAUGCCUAAAUUUUGUCCUCACAAAUGUUUUAAUGUUUUUGUGGGUGCAAAUGUUGUCUGCUGUGGCCACAGGUGUUGGUACACCAAGAACUUUCAAUGAGGGCAAUAAGACAGAAAAUAGGGACUGGCUUACAACCUGGCAACAUUUUUAUUCUUUGAGUUUCAAGGGAAAACGCAAGCUGAUUAGAAGGGACCCGCGAUGAAACGCAGUUCAAAGCAGCCAGACUUUAUUUACUCGCUUUCUCUCGCCAUCUCUCUCAACCUCUCUUCCUCUUUCUCUCUCUGCUUGUAGGAAGCAAGGAUAUACUGUAGCAAGAUGUCCUUACAUGAAGUACUUCACUUCAUCUCUUCAUCUCUUCAUCGUCGUCGAUGUUGAUGUCACCAUGAGUAGGGAAAGUCUGCUUGUGGGCCAAAAAAUCAAAAUAAAAUAUGAGGAGAAAGUGUGAAAUAAAAUGGUUUCAGUUUUGAAGACGGUAGAAAGCUGUGUCCAUCUAUGUAUGUUUACAAAUCUUAGUGUUUGAAAAGCUAACCUUUAGUAUUUUCAAUUCUUUACAGUGGUUGCCACCAUUGACUUCUCGAAGACCACCUAUAAAAUGUACUAUACGAUAUUUAAUUAACCUUUAUUUUCCCUCUAGCCUGGCUGUCUUUUUGUAAGGAUAAUUAAUUAUCAGACCAGCUGAGAUCGGAUUUUUUUUGGAUGAAUAACUAUUUCAUUUUGGUUUCAAAUGGAAACAUGAUUAGCUAUUUCAAAUUAGCUCAGUGGCUUUUUUAAUAAUAAUAACUAAUUAAUAUUAAUAAGAAUGGCUUUUCUGAAUACAUUACUUAAGAUCAGCUAAGAAAGGCUUAAAGUGAAUUAUUUACAUUUUCUAGAGUGAUGCUGAUCUUGACAAUGACCGACCUGUCAUCAUUUUCUAAAUAUUUCAUGAUAAACACUGCUUAGUACACAGACUUCUAGAUGAUGGGUGAGGCUCCCUCAUCUUCCUCCAGACAACAAGACGAGGGGAUGGGAGACAGUUGAACACUGACACCUAGGUUCCACUAAUGCAUGUGAGCAGAAAAUCUCAAUAACAACCCCCCCACACCCGACAAGAUGACUAGCCUUAUAGUCACGAGGAGCUCGGGUUACAUCUUGCGUAAAUGCCACGAGAAACUGGAGGCCGGCAUUAAUGAUGAUGUUGAUAACAUGGCUGGCGAUGCGAGACUCCUGUGCGAUGUGAGGACUAGAGAGUUUCGAUAAUUCCUCCCUGACAGACUGGCAGUCGCGUGGAGAGCUGCGGUAAUUGCGAGCAGCCAAAGAGGCUUGCCAUUGUAUAAUUGGAUGCUAUGGGAUCAGAGUGUCACGUGACUUCCAAUCUGUCCCUCCUGGCCGCGGACUACUACAGUCAACUACCUAAGGGAUACACAAGAAUAGAAACAAGAGAUUUGCUCGACAAGCCACAUUAAGACGGUUGCCAUCCACCAUCCUCUGAAUCCAUUACUGCAGUUAAAUAAGUAUAGACAGGCAGAUGAAUGUAAUAUUUUUUUAAUUCUGUAAAACAAAAUAUUUCAGAAAGGAUCAUGUGAUUAAAGAAAAGUGUCGUCUCUAGUCUUUUUCUAUUUUCAGCCUCUCGUAAGUUUUCAUUCACAUCCUUUUGCCCAAAGCAUCUCACAAAGCCUUGUCAUACAAUACCAAACAUAAAGCUUCUAUUUUAAGCAAUUUUUUUAAAAAAAGGAUGUUUGACUCAUCGUCAAGUAGUGUUUUAUUUUGGUGUUCUCGUCAAUUCUGGAUUGUAAUGUAUGGUCAUCGAAUUACUCCAUGGCAAUUUGCGCGACUGCCAGCAGAAAUAAAAGAUAGUUCCUUCGACACAACACCUUACUUAUCUUCCUACAACCUUUUUUUCCUUUCUAUUUCUCUCUGGCUAAUGUAGACUAUCUCGUGUUCACAUUACAGAUUCCCGUAAAAACAGACCAUGACAAGACUCCAGACAAUGGUUAUUUUCCUGAAGUUUUCUGAGACAGAUGAUGUCACUGGCAAUAAUGCAGUUUGGUGUGAAGCACUUGUCUUACCACUAAUGACCCCGAGUAGGUGCUAAUUACAUUUCCGAUUUCUAAAUUAAGUCUCAAGAGGAAGCUGCUGUUCUCACAUCCACUAUUUAUUUUUUUUAAUUGACUAUGCACUCAAUGACUUUCUCUUGAGAAAAUACGAAACUUUCUCCUCAGGCUGUGUGGGUCUUUAAUUUGCGGUUGUCGUUUUCUCUUCCACUUUCACCGAGAGUAUUUUCGGGAAAAAAUAAACUCAGCUUUUCAGCUCUUUGCCAAGUGAAGCUCGCAAUGUUGACAUCUCCUUGGGUCCACAGCUGAAUGCUUGUCAUUUAGUCUCAUGAAAUUGGAAAGAAAAGAGUUUUGGGAUUGUGACAGAGGACGAGUGAUUAUCAACAGUACCAGUUGUCAUCGUCGUCAAAAGCCUUGGCGCGGACACUCAAACUUUGCUUCAAUCAGUGAAGAAGUGUUCUUUGUAAGGAAUUCAAUGUCUCCAUUGAUGCAUAAACCUGAUUGCCAUUGUAUAAUAAUUCGAUAUAGCAUCUUAUUAGCUACCAGAACACGUGACCACACAUUUCGACAUACAGAUUGCAGGCUAUUGUCUUUUGUACCAUGUAUUCAUUCCCUCUUGACAGAUUAAUAAUAGUAAAUAAUUAUAAUAACUCAUAGGUGGUGUUUGCUUUUCCUGGAGAUUUGAUGAAAAGGACUAUACAAAGGCAGAAACUCAUAUUGAGUGAAUAAAUAAAGUCUUAGACCUCUUAUUCCAGAUAUGACUGCUUCGUGGUCGUGUAGGUAUCGGUAGGAACCUGUAGGGUGAGACUGUCAGUCGGUUGGUUUACUUCACGGGUGUUUUCACCUUCAGCAAUUUCCAGCUAUGCCGAGAAAAGACGAAAAAAGGAGAUAAACCCCUUAAAUAACCCGCUAACCCCGUUCAGGUUUAAGUCCAGUUUUCUACAUCCAGAGAUGUAAGCCCAGGAUUUAACAAGUCUGGAAAAGUUCUGUGUGAAGUCAUAGAAACCCAACGGCUCUAGGACAAACGUUUUGAACUUUGAACCGUCUCCAAACCUACUCUUACGAUACCUUUCAGACAUCAUACUUGAUGGCAGUUAAUAUCGUCAUUAUUGUAGUAUAGACAAACGAAUACUGACCAUUUCGCUGUCAGGCCGCCCCUCAUGCAUUGUGCAUGCAAGCGUGCGAAAGAAAUAAAUGUUAUUUCUCCUUCAAGUCACAAACUCACGCAAAAUCGCCAUUUUGUCUGCAAACUCAUCCACAGUCGCUGGGCCUCGCGUGAGUCCAGACAAUAGAGGGCUGGGGCGAGGCCGGGGAGGCACAUCCAUUCCGACGUUUUGAUAAGACCUUAAGUACCUUCUGACCGGCCACGAAGCCAACCGUUGCGCCUGGGAUCAUUGACCUAACAGUUUGCCUUCUUUUGCUUAAACUCUGUUUUAUUUUCCUUUUUCUGGGCCACUUGUUUUCGUUUAGCUUUGUCUUCACUUCUUGGAAUCGGGACAAAAUGAGACAUUGUUGUUCGUUCGAAAAUAGAUCGGUUUAUUGAUGUUUAUUAUGUUUAACACAGCUCGGGAUUGUUAUGGAGAAACAGGGUUUCUCGUACAGGUAACCUUCUGAUCGAGAUAAGUAUUCACUACCUGUCAUCGUCGAUGACAGUAGGAGAAGAAAAUGGAUGAUGAUGAUGAUGAUGAUGAUGAUGAUGAAAGUCUUUCUAAAAACAAAAGGAUUCAAACUGAUAUAAAAUGAAGACGAGCAAAAUCA